UGUGCCUGAAGGAUAGACCUGAGAUCUCGUGCCUGCCCCACCUUAGAGGUUGCCCAACUGCCCCUGUUUCAUACCUGUUCCCCAAAAGGCCAUGGUAGUAGGCAAAGUAGACCAGGGAGUUGUCAUUCUGCUCAUAGGAGGAGAGCCCGUUGCCCACGGCGAGUCCCUGUGAAACACCCAGGGUGCUCAGCUCAUCUGGAGGGUGAAGAGGAGGAGCCUCCCUUGACCUACACCUAGACCUUCAGCAGUCUGGAAGCUGAAACCCAGGCUGGGUGGGUGGGGCAGGCCACUCAAUGUAAAGAACAGAGCUGGCAGCCUGACAGGUGCCAGACGCCCGACAGGACCCACAGCUCCGGCUAUACCAGGUUCCAAGAAUAGGGGUUGUACUCCAGGGUGACACCAUCUGGCUGGACCUGAGGAGGAAAGAGAUGGUCCAGUAAGUCCCAAGGGCCAUGAGGGUGGAGGAGCAGGGCCUCCAUGGCCGGCCCUUUACUAGUGGGCAAAACUCCCUGAGAAGCACAGGUGGUCAAGCCAAUGGGAUAGAUGAAAAAACAGGCUCAGGAGGAAGAAAACAUUGCCAGAAAAUUGCAGUCCUCAUUCCCAGCCUUUCUCUUCGGGGCCUAAUCCUCCCCUCUCUCUUUCUCGGGCUAUGGGAGGAGAGAGCUGCUGUCCACUCACCAGGAAGGGGCCGUGCUCGGUGAGCAACCCAUCUAGGGAGCUGCAGCCGGGACCCCCGUUGAGCCAAAGCACCACAGGGCUGUUCUCGGGAUCCUUCUGGGACUCCACAAACCUGGGAGGGGGGUCAGGACAGGGUUGGCACGGGUGGAGGGGCCCCUUCCAGCCCUGCCAGCUCCCAGGCGCCCUCAGGGGACUUCGGAACGCCCCACCAUCCGCCAUCCCCCCGGCGGGCUUCGCAGCGCCUCGCUCCCAACCCCGCCCCAGGAGGCAGGGCGACAGACCAGUAGUGGAAACGCUUGGAGCCGGAGCCCUUGAGGUAGCCGGAGAACUGGCGGAAAGACGGCUGCUUGGCCAGCCCAGGGAGGAACUGGACCUCGUCCUGCUGUGGGGCAGCCUCGCCUCGGGGCGCCGAGGAUCCGAGCAGCAGCAGCAGCAGGAACAGCGGCGACAGCGCGGUUCGGACCAUCUGCGGGGGGCAUCCCCGGGGCCAGCAGUUUACUCGCUCCCCGGGGAGGAGCUGGCGGCGCGGGAAGCCCGCGCUCCAUCCCCAGGUCCCAACCCGCCGGGCCUCCUCCGCCGCGCACAGACCCAGGGCUCAGGGAUCCCUCCCUUCCAGCCUCCGGAGCCCGCUCACCUCGGCUCCUCUGCGUCCUGGCUCUCCCGGAGGCGCCCGGGACUGGAAGUCAUGUGUACGCCAAGUCACGUGGGCGCCGGCGUCACGUGACAGUUUUCCUUGGCCCCACUUUAGGCCCGGCGGGGCGAGGCGGGGCGGUCAAUGCCGGGUCAAGGACCCGGGGCCUCGCAGGUCGUAGUCCCGGCGCCCGCGAUCAGAUGAUCCUGGUGUGGACUGCCAAGUUCCCGCGGCCUCCCGGGGGCCCGCUCGAGGCGGGAUGACUGAGCAAGCGGCGCUAGGACCCCUGGGCAGGGCCUUGGGGAAGGGAAUUGGGGUGGGGGAAAUGCCUUACAUGGUCCCCUAGUGGUCACCGUCUGAGCCCGCCGCCCGAAAUAGCUCCUGGCGCCUGCUGGCCGGCCUCAUGGCUGGGAGAUGGCUGCGGCCUCCGGCCCCGUGGAGUUGGGUGCACCCCGGGGACCCGCACGCCCGGAACCCUCUCCCACCCGCUUCCACCGGGUGCACGGUGCCAACAUCCGCGUGGACCCCACUGGGACGCGGGCCACACGCGUGGAGAGCUUCGCCCACGGCUUGUGCUUCAGUAGCGAGCCGCUGGCCCCGGGCCAGUUGUUCCUGGUGGAGAUCGAGGAGAAAGAGCUGGGCUGGUGCGGGCAUCUGCGCCUCGGUCUGACUGCGCUGGACCCCGCCAGUCUGGCCGCCGUGCCCGAGUUCUCGCUGCCCGACCUGGUCAGCCUCGGCCACACCUGGGUCUUCGCCAUCACGCGCCACCACAACCGCGUGCCCCAAGAGGGGCACCCGGAGACAGAGGCAGCGGCCCCCAGCCGACCCCCGACCCUCCUGGUGGAACCAUAUCUGUGCAUUGAGCAGUUUCGCAUUCCCCGGGACCGCCUGGUGGGCCGCAGCCGGCCAGGGCUCUACAGCCACCUCUUGGACCAGCUCUACGAACUGAACGUGCUGCCUCCGACCGCGCGCCGUAGCCGCCUGGGCGUCCUCUUCUGUCCGCUCCCGGAUGGCACGGCCGACAUGCACAUCGUCAUCAACGGCGAGGACAUGGGCCCGAGCGCGAAGGGGCUACCAGCUGCCCAGCCCCUCUACGCGGUGGUGGAUGUGUUUGCCUCCACCAAGAGCGUGCGCCUGGUCCAGCUCGAGUAUGGCUGUGAUGAUCAGUGAAACCAAUUUGAUGUGCCGUCCCUGCAGACUCUGUGCCGCCUGGUGAUCCAGAGGAGCGUGGUGCACCGGCUGGCCAUUGAUGGGCUCCACCUGCCCAAAGG